UUUUAAUGGUUUCCUGUUUACAUUGACAUCAAUAAUAUUGGUAAAGAACAGAACAAGUCGGUUGGAAACUAGAAUUCUCCAACAUGUCACGCAGAUCCAGUAGAAGUUCUACAAUGGACCAAGGGGAAUUUAUCUUGGAAUGUAAAGCAGCAUACUUAUCAAUGUUUGAUAGUAUAAAAGAAAAGAUAGAGUCACAGGAUAGCUUAUUAGAAGCAUUACAGCAAACUGGCAGGAAUCCAUCAGUGAAAGUUUUGAAAAAGUAUUGGACAAAUGACACAGAUGAAUUAUCCUUUGACGAUUUUGUUGAUAUCUGCAGAAAAGAACCAGUUACAACGUCAGAUGAUUUAAUGAAAGCAUUCAGAAAAAUUGACAUUAAUGGAGAUGGUUAUAUUUCUCUAGAGGAGUUACAUAAAAUUUUGACUUCAAAAGGUGAAAAGAAAAGUAAAAGUGAAGUAAAAACGAUGAUUGAUGAAGUAGAUGAAAACAGGGAUGGCAGACUGGAUUAUAAAGAGGAACCUGUUUUACGUUAUUCUGAGUUUUGCAAAAUGGUCAUGUCUACGACAGAAGAAAGCAAAAAAAUGCAAAGGAAAAUGAUGGAAAGGAAAGAAAAAAAGAAAAAGCAAGAAAUAGAAAGGAGAGGUGACGUAUCGGGAUCGCAGGUAUCUGUAAGAUCUACAGCGUCAUCGGUAAAAAAUCAAGAGAAAAGCGCUUCUCAAGCAAAUAUUGAGUCUGGUAAUAGAAAAAAAGAAGCUAAUAAGGAAAACAAAGACGAUGACGAUGAUGAUGAAAUUGAUGAGGAAUGUGUGACUGCAAGAAGUGGAAGUGCAAGGUCAGAAAGGCCUAAACCAUCUCCUAGAAAAUCUAUGUCGGAGACCACAACAAGUCAGGCUAAAGAUGUAUCCCCCUUAAGAACAUCUUUUAAGGAAAAAACUGAAGAUAUAUCAGGUUCUAGAACUAGUCUGCAGAGUAAAGAUGAUGUUUUACUGACUUCAAGAAGGUCUUCACGGUCACAAACUAAAGAUUCAUCAAGGAGUAAAAAGGAGAAAGAUAGAGAAGGUUUAUGUUCUUCAAGAUUAUCAAACAGUCCAGAUAAAUUAAUGGGUUCAAAUUCAACCCUUCAAAACGUACCCGAUGUAAUCGGUUCUAAUGUUUCACUUACAUCUGCUAGUGGUUUGAUGGCUAAAAAUCUUCGACAAAAUGGUGAAGGAAGUCCCCCUAUCCCUGCACAAAGAAAAUCUUUAUUGCACACUGCUUCUUCUUCAGAUCCAGAUGAUUUACCUAGACCAUCUCCCAGAGUUAAGAAGGACAAAAGUCGACAAAGUUCUGUCUCAAGGUCUCAUAAACUAGAUGAACCUAAAAAUCUUAGGGAAUGGACACACACUAAAAGUAAAGGCAGCUUUUUCAUGGAAGAUGGAAGUCUGAUAUGUCACCAAUAUGAUUUUAACCUUCCAGACGAUAGUAAAAUUUGGAUCACUAUGCAGCCACAGAAAGCAAGUAGAGGAAUGGAUAGUAAUCCUGUAGAUACUUCUGUCUUUAUAUUGAGAGACAGACCUGAUGAAGACGGUAACUUACUUGUAGCUUUUACAGAACACAGAGAUGGCAGAGGGAAAUAUGGUGUAAGCUGUGAUUUGAGCGCUGGUAAAUAUUACAUCAUGCCAUAUACAACAGGGUGUAGAUUUAAAAGUCGAAAAUCAGAAUCAGAAAAGGAAGCUAAACUGGUAUCUCAAGAUAAGGGAGGCAAAUAUGUUAUAACCAAAGCUUUCAGGAAAGUGUUAGAAGAUAUAUUUGACUACAGUGAUUUAGAUGGAAAUGGAUUUAUGAGUAGAAAAGAAUUUAACCUUUUUAACAUCAGAACUAGUGGUGAGGAAGUAGCAGAUGAAGAAUGGCAGGUUGUGGAAGACAGGAUAGAUUUAGAAGAUGGAGAGAUUACAAAAGCUGGGUUUCUACAACUCAAUGAAUUGGAAGCUGAAGAUUCUGAGGGUGAUACUGAAGAUUUAUGGACCACGCUUGUCAGUAUGGGAUAUAACAAACAGCUUAUCAUGGACCAGGCAUGUCCUUUCCAACUUGAUGUAUACACAGAGGAUUGCGAUGAUGCUGAGUUAGAUGUAGUUCGAGUAGACAGCUACCCAACAUAUCCAGGAGAUCUCUCAUUUGAUGACAUAAUCAGCAAAUCAUUUAUAAAGCAUGGUGAGAUUUCAAGGGUUAAAGGUAUGAAGGACCUGUGUAUGUACACAUACAAAAAUGAUGGCUGGGCAUCCCUGGUACUCGAUAACAAGUCUCACACCAGAGUACGUGUUGAACUAGAUUGUAGUCGUAGUGAAAAUGUAAUCAGCAAUCAUGACAGUUUACAGCGGACACUUAGAGUAGAUCCAGGUUCAACACUUAUUGCCUAUCACCUGAUGCCAGAAGACGAGGAUCGUGAUUGGCAGGUUAAAUGCACGGAGACAAUACGCUGAGA